AUGUCCAGACUGGAGUGUUGCAUUGCAAAUGAAGGCUUGAACCAUGGGACCAACAUUCACAGGGAGGGUCAAGGAUCCUCCAAAUCCAAUGAUGAAGUUAAAGAUGUCACUAAGAUACAUCGCCAGCAGGGAGUUGAAGUGAUGAUUGACCCACAUGGCAGGUCCACAAGUUACAAGGAUAAGGCCACGUUGAUCACCCCUAGCCUUGGGCAUGACAUUGCAACAUGGCGCCCUACCCUUGAUGAAAUGGCUUACCAAGAUAGGACUCUAUUAUCUCUGUGGCUGUGGUGUUGGUACCUCCUGAAGAUCUGCUGGUAUCUGCAACAUACUGGUGUACUCGUUGGAGUGGGUGUCCAUUAUCACAAAGGUAUUGCUAGGGAUGUUUUCCAAGAUGGAGGUGGUUAUGAAUUGGGAAGGAAAGCCCAGCUGGCACGAUUCUUUGGUAUGAGCCCUGGACUUCAUGCCUAG